UAUAACAUCAAUUAAUAUUCAAAUGUUCAGCUAAGAAUUUCAAAAAUAAGUUUAGGCGAAGAGAAAAAAACAAGUACGUGAAUGUGUGUGGUGCGGUGCUCAUUUUCCUCACCAGGCCCGGAUCAAAGAAGGUCAAUCCGCAGGUCAACACGCGGAUUGACAACCGUGAAACAGACAAAGUGAUCUUACAUUAGUUAUUCCAAUUUCUGUAAUAAUCUAUUCAAAAUUAAACAUUUGGUGAUGAGGGUUGUUUAUGCAAUUGAUGCAAGAAAGGAGUGGAAGGGGGGCAAAAAAGAGAACGGAAUGAUGGGAAUUCCUGCAGAAACGGAAUGAUUCCCAUCACAGGCUACUGAGGCUAGGCAAAAAAUGCAGAAGGCAGGCAGAUGGAGGGUACAGCAUCAGAAGAGGGACAAUAAAUGAAAAGGAAAAAUGAACAGGAAGAAGAAGAAGAACAAAGCUCAUUCAUAGCAAGAAGUCAUAUGUGAUUCCAAAAUAUAUUCAUCACUGGCCCCAUAAAAAUUCUGAUCCUUUGGAAGAACAUAAAAUCCAACACUUGGUAACAAAAGCUUUCAAACCAAAGCAAUGAUGCCACCAUUGCCAUAUUUUUUUUUGACAAAGAUGUUGCUUGUAUUUCACUUUGAAAGAACACGGUUACAAAGAAAAGGAAACCCCCUGAAAUCCAGCUUCAAGAAAAGACCCCAAACAAGAAAGAAACCCAAACCAACCAGAAGAGAACAUCAAACAUCCAGAGAACACAGUCGCGAAAACACAACAAGAACAGAAACAAGGGAUCCUUCCAUGAGCCAAAACACAGGAAUCAUCAAAACUUUGUAAUCACAUCAACCAGAGUGGAACACAGCAGCUUCAGCUCACCCAAACCAGUCUUGACCAUGAAAAAGGGCAUUGCUAAUUCAUAUGCCGCCUGCUGGGGGUUGUUCAAAGACACCCAUCACAGUGAAUCGCCGAAUAGGGAUUGCACGACGGUGGAAAGGACUGUGAACGGGCUGCUCAGAGCUGAAAACAAGGCCAACGGGACCGGGACGAAGAGAGCCAAGAAACAGAAGUGCGAGAUUCACCCAAGGGUUGAAAGACAACCACACAAAAGCAGAACCGAGAACAGAAACCACCUGCAAAACCAAACACCAACAGAGAACCCCAACACAAACCCAAUCCCAGAACCCAAAGAAGCAGCCCCAACAACACUCCCAACAACAAAUAAAAAGAGGAACAGACGAAACCCUGCAUGAAUCUCAUGACAUCUGCAACCAAAGUUCACCCGCCUCAGCAAUCGAAGGAGACACCGCUUCCCCCACAGUCAGUCGAAGCAUCGAGGAGCGACGACGGAUGGGGAAUCGGUGAAUGCAAUCACCCCAAAGGAGGAGAAGAUGACCACACCAAGCUUGGAUAGAAACCCAAUUUGCAUCCUCUGAACCCAGAAUAGAGCAGGGCCAAACCAGAUCUAGAAGAUCUAGUGAAGAAACCGGACAAAUCCUCCUCCUAAAGAGAGGAAUGUGGAAAGAACCACUCCGGGAACGGAAAAAGCCACAACGGCUGCAAAAUGCCAUAGAUGGCAAGGAAAGACAUGAAAACACAGAGGAAGAGGACGGAGAGCAAGAAAGAAAAGCGAAAAUGAAAAGGAGGAUUGGGCUACCGCCGGUCACCAAGAUGUGCCGGCGGCAGCCCUGGGAGAUUGAAAAAAUAGAGAGAGCAGGGAAAUUUGAACUAGAGAGAGAAAGGGGAGAACUUCCCCCCGCAAACUCUGCAACGGUCCCACCAUUGCCAUAGACAGGGGAAGAAAUGAAUUCAGGGUCGUUUGGAAGUUGCGAUAGUUUUGGUUGAGAUUGUCAUUAUGCGUGUAUUGUUUACAAUGCAUCGUUUUUGUUUUUGUUUUUUAGCAGAACAAUACAUGGAUUAUUUCUGUGAUGUGACAGAAACUAUCACUCAUUUUGAGUGAUUGUUAGAUCUCAACUUUUAGUUGUGAUUGUUGAGAUAGUUGAGUUGAGAUUGCUUUGUUUCAGCUUUUAGCUGAUGCGACAUACACAAUCACACAUAUCAAACAUUGUAUUCUACAAUGCAUCAAAUUCGACAAUACAUGUAUAAUAUUAUACCUGCAUUCCCAACAAUACAUCUAUUUAACAAUCGCAACUUCCAAACGACCCGAAGACUCCAUGCAAUGCAAGAGUAGAUGAUCAUAUCGAACGAAAUACUAACAAGUAGAGACAAAAAAAAACCAGGGAAAUUAUACAUCCAACGGUGACUACUCCCCCACCCCCCGGCAACUGGUAAUUCACAACCAAAAAGGGCAGGGCAAGCCAAAGAACACAUUUUAAAAAACUAUUUUCAGUCUUUUGUCCUAGGGUUGAUUAGAUGGUACAUUGGGAAAUUGGAUAUUUGGUUUUAUAAUUUUUGGUUAGUGGUUUGAAAUUUUUAAUUGGGUUGUUAGGAACAAAGUUGCUUAAUUGGACUCGUAGGGCUAAAAAGACUAUAUUUUAGUUUUUUCUCAAACCCAAUUUAUUACGAGACAAAUAAGAUUAGGGUAAUUUUACUAUCGGGGCACUUAUAUCCACCUUUUUACUCCGGUUCUAAAUUGGACUUGUAGUGUCGAGUGCCUAAAAGAAAAUGAACAUCCAUUUUAAUCCAAUUUCCCCCCUAAUCUUUUGUUAGAAAUCAAACAGAAAGGUGGAAACCUCUACAUUAAAUGUGUAGAUUGGUUGAAAACAGGUAAUGAUGAUUUUUUUUUUUGUGUGUACAAUUAUGUGAACCUCAACAAACCCAUUAUUUGAUACAAGUUGGAUUCAAUUCAAACUCAACCCAAACCCUAAAUCAUUAAAAUUGUACAUAGACCCAUUUAGAUCCCACCAAACACUCAAUAUGAGUCAUAUGACAAUUGAGCCAAAUUAUUCAACGAGUCUAAUAUGGCCAUACCUAACCAAACAUGCAAUUCACCUCAUUUUACCAUAUAUGAUCAUUCACUAUUCAUUUUGAUAAUAAUUCUCUUGUUUAAGCAUUUUUUUUAUCCCGUGCAUGCCCCUCCCUGGCCUCAACCGGACUUGCAUGGAUACAACGGAUUGAAAAUACCGUACCAGAGGUCAUACCGAUAAAGUCAUUGGUUGGGUAUUUUACACUAUAAAAUAGUGGUUUAACCGUGGUUCAACCGUUUCAUACCGUUAAAUACUGUCUAUCGAUUUUGCUUCCGAUAAGAUGUUUUUCAGUUCAUACAUACCACCGGUACUGUACAAUUUUUUAAUCCUUGAUACAAACACAUCACAUCAUCUGCUACGGAAACAACACAUAAUAAGUCAUUAGUAGGAAGAGCAAGCACACGAUUUCGUAACCUCAUUUCAGCAGCAACAGCAUCAAUAAAUAUGAUCUGAAAUAGCUAGCUAGGGAGGGAGAUUUGGGAGAAUCGUUUUGGGUAUACUUAAUUAAUUAUCUUCUAGCUAGCAUCCCUCCGCAUCUCUUUCUUUCUUCUCGUUCUUCUUUCUUUGUAACAGAGAGAGAGAGAGAGAGAGAGAGAGAGAGAGAGAGAGAGAGAGAGAGAGAGAGAGAGAGAGAAAUUCAGUUCAGUGGGAAAGAAGGAAUGAAUUCUGCUUCUCAUUAUGCUGCAGUUUGGAGUGGACCUAUCAACGUACCCUAUUGACUAUGAUGAGCAACAGCAGGCGAGAGAGCAGCAGAGAGCAAAGAAGAGAGAAUUUUGCAAAAGUUGUAUCCCACAGACAACAGCAGCAUAUAAUUAAUGAAGAGAAAGAAGGGCGACCAGAGCAGCAGUCAAAUCGCCGAGCUACAGAAAGCAUUCAAAGGCUGACGUGGCCUACCUGUACCUUAAUUUGCCAUAUAUUCUCAAAAUUAAACACUUCUAUUUAUUUUUAAGAGUAAUGACUAUUUAUUAGCCAAAUUUUUUUAAAUUCUUUUUUAUUAAUAAAACCUAUCGAAAUACUAGUCGUUUGGUUUUGAUGAUAGUUAAAUGGAUGCAUUGUUGUCAUCAAUGUAUGCAUAAUAAUAUACAUGUAUAUAAGAAAAUUGGUGUAUUGUAGUUUACAUCGUUUGGUUUCUGUGAUAGUUAUUGUAGUGUUUAAUCAAAUUAUAUGACUUUUUUGGUGAAAUGUCAUUUUUACGUACCCUUUGUUUUUAGUAUGGAAAAGCAACACACAUAAAAAGGUAGAGACAUAGUUGGAAGAAGAAAAAAACACAACAAUCUCAACAAAAACUUGAGAUUUAAUGAGUGAUAGUUUGUGUCAUAUCAAGAAAACCAUGCAUGUGUUGUUUGUUCAUAAAUUUAAAAAAACGAUGCAUUGUGGACAGGGGCGGACCUAGGUUAGGCCUACCCUUGUCAACUAACAAAAAUUAUUUACAAAUAUUUAUUUUAAUGAUGGUAGUAUCUGAACUCAAGACUAUUUGACAAUCAUUGAUGAUUUUAUUACAUAAUUGAAUACCCUUGAUGUAAUUCAUGGUCCGCCACUGUUUGUGGACAUUGCAUGCAUUGUAACUAUCCCAAACAAAUUAUCACCAAAAUCAAACGACCCUUAAGAAUUAGUCAAAUGUUAACUUUCAGGUAGCAAUUUUAUUAGUAAUAUUGACUUGGCAACAUGAUACUGACUUGAAAGAGACACAUGAAGGUCAACAUUCCAAAAUUUUAGUAUUUUAACUAAGAAAAGAGUUAUAAAUUAUUAACGAUAAAGUAAAAAUUGCUAAUAUUUUGAUACAUUAUAUAAAAUUUGGCUAAUUAAUAACAUUUUAAUAGAUUUGAAUAAUAUAAAAGAAUCCGAAAAAGAUUUGGAUAGAAAAUAGACAUUACCUUAUUUUAAUUUUAUUAAUUUUCAAGGGUUGGAUUCCUUUCACGAUGCGCAAUUUUAGUUGCGACUUCCUCAAAAGGCGGAAUCGAAGACUCCUUCACCGUCCGGCGGCAGCCAUCUUUUCAUAUGUGGGAUUUAUGUACAUUGCAACAUUUUUUUUUUUUUGAAAAACGGGUGCUAGGAGCGCCCUAACCCAUUAAAUAAACUACUCGGACUUCUUAGAUUUAAAGACCGACUUUCGCAUUUUGGGUUAAAAAAUCCAGUUUAUGUGUCUCCUUCCUUUUUACAUUGAUUAACGGGCUCGAUUCCAUGUUGUAUGAAAAAUGAAUUAAAUGAGUUUCGUUUUAACGUAUUUCUCUUUCAAUAUAGAUUUGUCUGAAUUUUCAAUUUGAUUAUAAUAACUUGCUCAAAUACUUUCGCUCCCUCCCAGUUGAUCUCAUGAUUGUGCCAAGAAUAGACAUUUAGAAUAUGGAACACAACCAUUCACUCCUUAACUUUCACUGCCUUUUUUCACUCCUUGAGGACACCGUGAAAACGAACAACCAAAACCUCCACACAACGAACAACAGAAAAGUCUCUUGCCCUAAACCUCCCCACUGGGCCAGACUUGUGGAUUCGACCGAGGAGUUGAGCUUGAAUUAAUCCGGGAAACAAAGUCGCUAUUGGACCAUAUUUCUUUUGUCUAGCUAAGAUGUGCACAUUCCAUCAAGAGGACGAAUUUGGCCAUUGCACGGGAUUAGGGUUUGUGAACUUAGGGAAUUGGUAUAAAAGAAUCCAUGGAGGACUACGAAAAUAGCGGGGUUUUUCAUGGGGAGAGCGCAAAACGGCAAAAGUAAGAACAAACUAAAACUAGGAAUAUGGAAUAUCCAACCUAGGACGUGAAACAAGAGGAAGGACAAGUCUUUUACCUAAAUAUCAAUAACUAAAGCAUGGUUACAUUGCAUUCAAUAUAUAUAUUACUUCAUGUGCUAAUCAAAUACUAAUUAAUCACCUUCUUUCCUUUUCAUGGCUUUGGCAUCAACAGUUCAACACUCUACACUCACUUUCACUUUCAUGCAUAGCAAAAUUGGUUUUGAGGUCCAUAAUAAAGUCGGCUUAUAUUAUGGACAGAGGUUGUGCGAACGAGCUAAGCUUUGAUGAGGCUUGAACGAUUUCUCGUGAUCUGGAGGUACAAAUUUAGGGAGAGGAUAAAGCCGCAACUUCAUGCAUGAUUGCAAUAGUAACCCGCCGAAAACAUUAAUCAGCUGAUUACGUACUGUUGUCAACUCAUAUCUAAUAUUUCUAAGUCGAUCGCGACCCUUGCAUAGAAGAAUAAUUUUAUAUGAGUAGUAGUGGAGAUCAUGAAUUCUUUUCACAGCUAGAAUGAUGCUCAUAAGUAGAGGGAACGGUUUGUGUUUCAAUCGUUUGUUGUUGGACAUUGUACGCUUGUUUUGGAUUCAGUUUACUCCUUCUUUUCCUCUUUGUAACCAAUCAUUCAUCGUGCAAUGAAAAUUAUCCUUCUUACAAAAAGGGUCGAGGGAACAGAGUAAUGAUUGAAAAUUUUGUCCAUGCAUGGUCCCAUCAACGUAGAAAUAUUACCCUGUCUAAUUCUAAAGAGAAAUUGGGGGAAUUAGGUAAAAGUGUUGAAUAAUUGUGCGUUUUGCCUUUGUUGACCCAUGGGCCAACCCAAAAUUACGUGCAUGCACAUCAUAAGAUCAAAUCUAGAUAGCUGCCUAAUUAACCCUCUCAAUUAACCACAUGGAAGUUUCAGCUUGAUUUGUCUUCUUUCCCUCUUGUUGAGGGACGCAUAACAACAUGACCACAUUUCUAAAACACACCAAAAGGAAAGGAAAAGGUUGAAGGGCUUUGAUUUUGUUGCCAAUCAAUUCAACCACUCAUUGCCUAAACUAACAUUCUCCACAAAUUCAAAAGGAAAUUUUAAUAAUCCAAGGUAUUGGAACUAGUUAAUUAGUUUUUUUUUUCAUGGUUUGAGAAUUUGUGAUCAACAGAUAUAUGUACGAAUUCAGAUGACUUGCAAUGUUUAUUGAUGAAUUUAAUUAAAUGGUAAAUGAUGGACAGUGUAAGUUUCUUAUCCAUGAGUUGGUUCUCUUUUGAGUGAACUUGAAUAAAGCUCAUUCUACUUGUCUCAAUAAAACAAGUUAUUGGAGCGAACUAAUAGUUAUCACUAUACGAAGAAACUUUUGUCACGAGAUAUGAGUAAUUAUUUGUUUAAGCAGUGCAAAGUCAGGAAUUCGAAUGAGGAGGGACUAAUUUGAACUGGAGUAGUUGGAGAGUGAGGGUUAAUGCCUUACCGACUAGUCUAUUUUCUACCUAUUGAUAUACACAAUUACAAUAUAGAGUAACUAACUUAUGAAUGGAAUACAUCUAGGAGACAUGAAUAUUGUAGACUCCAAAGUUAAAAAGGUGCCAGUUAGAGAAUGCUUUUAACUUGCAUAUAUAUAUAUAUAUAUAUAUAUAUAUAUAUAUAUAUAUAUAUAUAUAUAUAUAUAUAUAUAUAUAUAUCGAGUUGAUGUUGACCAAACUCGUAGAAAAUUUACAAUGGGUCAUUGAUCACAUGCCAAAAACGUGUACAAUAUACCAAUUUUGAGCAUUGUACAUAUAUAAAUUAUGAAGUAAAACAUAUCUCAAGGCGAGUAUAAAUUUUUGUUUCAACCUCUAUAUUAUCACUAAAGUUAACAAAUAUGUUCUCUAUUAUUUGUAGGUCAGGGUGAGAGUCUUCUAGGUGAACAUUAAUGGUCAGGAAAAUUUACCUUGAAUAAUAAUCUGCCCAAAUACGAAUAAGGGUUCGAUUUAGUAGUAAUACAACUAGUUUUUAAAUUUUAAUCUGGAGGUCUCGAAUUUGAAUCGCUUAAAUAAUACCUAACCAAAAAUGUAAAACUUAUAUCAUUCUUAUAAGAAAAAAGUAAUUUGUCCAAGUUAACUCUUUUUUUUUUAAGAAAUCCAAGUAUAAAUAGACCUCAUACUCAUAGCAUCCAUUAACAUAUUAGAUAGUGUAUAUCUCUAUAUAUCUAUCUAUCUAUCUAUAAAAAUAUCAAAAGCGUUUGAGAUUUUGACUCCUGCCACAUUAGCCUUACACUAUAAGAACAUCCACUUUGGUAUUGCAUUCUGAAUUGCAAGAUGACAUGACAUGCGUGUUUGCAAUUGAAAAACCAAUUGCAUUGAUGCCACUACCAAUUGCAUAUUUGCAAGUUUGCAACAAAUGCAUAUGCAAGUCCAAAAGGCCAAAAAAUGGAUAUUUUUUAUUUUAUCCUUUACUUUAUUUUUAUAAUUUAAAUAUAAUAUUUAAUUACAUUUGCAAUUACAAGUUAAUUUUAUUGAUGUAAGUGAAUGAAAGUGAUUUGAGGUGGAUUGAAAAAAAAAAAAAUGGCAAUGCUUUUGCAAUUGCAUUGACGUGAAGGCUUUUAUUAUGGUCAGUCCCACUAAAUGACAGAAUUACUUCCGUUUCUUUUAAGAUCCUCUCAAAGACAACAACAGUUCAGACAAUAGUAACCGUCCCUCCCUCCAUUUUUUUUCUCUGUAAUUAUCCUUUAUUUUCUUCUCCUACAUUUUAAAUUUUAAUACAUGUUUAGCCAAAAAUAUAGGGAUAAAGAAGGGGUGCGCCAAUGGUUAUAUUAUUUUUAUGCAAAUAUCAAUUACAAUUUACAACUAAUUUAGCAUAUUUUUCCAUUUUUAUUGAUUUAUUACGGUGUUUAACCAGUGUCAGGUGAGUGUUGUUGAAUAUUUUAUUGUGGAUGUUAAAAAUUACCAACACAAUAUAAUAUACAUUUUCUCAUGCAUCCACAUCAGCAUUGAUUUUUCGCGUCACUAUUAUGAUUUAAAUUUUUUUUAACUCAGCACUGAUUAAAAAAUAAACAAAAAUAUAAAUGAUCGUUACUAGGAUUAGAACACACAACAUGCAAGUUUAAUGUAAAGAUUCUAAUCAAUAAGAUUUUUUAUUAUAUUGAUCGAAAACUUAUAAAAUGAACUCCAUUAGUUAUGUUAAUUAUUAUAAUAAGAUUAAGGCUAUCAUGUAAUCAAACGUGUUUAUUAUGUUAUCUAUGAUUCAUGAUCUUUUCACUUUAUCGAUAGAACCGGUAAAUGAUUAUAAUUUAAUCGUGACUGUAAAUGAUUAAUAAUGGUUGGCUAGGAACAAAGCUAGUUGAUUAGAAUGCAAAACUAUUUGGAAGGUUAAAAUACCUGGCGAAAGUUGAAAGGGAUGGAAUUGACGGGAGCAGAUCAGUAACUCUAUGGUCAGUGGUAGUUAUACGUCUUUCAGCCAUCCUUUUCUUCUCUUAUAAGUAUGUCUUAAUGGCAAAUACAUGAACUUUCAAUGAAAAUUUUCAAAAGUGUUCGAAACUAGAAAAAAGAAAGGAAUGGUCGAGAACAAACAAGCAAGCCACAACAGUCAGAUCAGUAGCCUAGCCUGGAGGACUUUAUUCUCAAACAACAAAUGGUUCACAACAGAGUGAAAACUAAGAGUUCUAUCUUCUUUGGGUUCAUCGACAUCAUCCUUAACAACCAAACGAAAACCAAAAUAGAAUGAUGGGCCAAAUUAGGAUCUCGUCAGCCACCUUCAACUUCACGUACUUGCCUGGUUAAAAGAAGAAGAAAAAAACAGACACAAAUUACCAGUCAGGCUUCCCACACCGCAAAUGAAAAAAAAACACAACUUUAUAACCAGCAGUAGGGCUUCAAUCACUACUAUGCGUAUUAUAUCAACGUGCACAAGGCUUAUAUCAACGUGACACCCCUUCUAAUUCAUGAAGGAUAUAUAAUGUGUGUGUUUGACUGCGAAUGCAGUAAUUCUUCAGCUAAAAGCAGUUGCAAUUGCAAAAAAAAAAUACUAUAAGCAGUUGCCUUAUAGAGCAAAUCAAAUUUAGGGAGCCAUAAGCAAAAAAGAGGGUUACUCCAGAGUUAUUAUUACCACCUCGAUCAUGAACAGCAACUGCAUUUCUUCAUUAAAAUGCAAUCCAACUUAGUGCUUUCCCAAACUUCAGGCAGUUCAGUUCCAUGACCAAGGAGAAAGAUUUUGCAAUGGAUAAUGCAAACAUUUGUACUCAAUGUGAAUUGAAACAGACUGCAAAGUUUUGUAGUAAACAUUAUAGAGCUACCAGCUGAGUGACAAAGAAGAAACAGGAUGAUGGGGAACAAAUACUAAAGUUUUAA